CCUGCCAUCUUGCCGAGGCUAGCAAGUUGCAUAGUACUUCUCAAGUGCUGCCCCUCCGUCUACGUCGGAUUCAAAAUACUGGAGAUCCUCCAACUACUAUUAUGUCCGAUUUUGAUAGCAACCCUUUCGCUGACCCCGAGAUCAGCAAUCCUUUUCAGGAUCCAUCGGUGACACAAGUAACACAGAAUGCUCCUCCGGGAUUGGAGGAGUACAACCCCUUCACAGAUGGCAAACCGGGACCGGCUGGUCUGGCUCCCAAACCAGUUCCCAGCAGCAACACCCAGCCAGCCAUCAUGAAGCCCACCGAGGAGCCUCCAGCCUACGCCCAGACCCAGGAGCAGGGCCGAGCGACCGCAGAGCUGAUGAGGAGGCAGGAUGAGCUGGAGAAAAAGGCGGCAGAGCUGGACCGACGGGAGAGAGAGAUGCAGUCUCUCAGCGCCUCAGGAGGCAGGAAAAACAAUUGGCCUCCGCUCCCAGAGAAGUUUCCGGUGGGCCCCUGCUUCUACCAUGACAUCACAGUGGACAUCCCUGUGGAGUUCCAGAAGACUGUUAAGAUCAUGUACUACCUCUGGAUGUUCCACACGGGGACGCUGUUGGCUAACAUGAUUGGCUGCCUGGCCUGGUUUUGCGUGGACUCGUCGCGAGGAGUGGACUUUGGCCUGGCCAUGCUGUGGUUCAUGAUCUUCACGCCCUGCUCGUUCGUUUGCUGGUACAGACCUCUGUACGGAGCCUUCAGGGGAGACAGCUCGUUCAGGUUCUUUGUCUUCUUCUUCGUCUACAUCUGUCAGUUCGGGGUUCACGUGCUGCAGGCCAUCGGCCUCACAGGCUGGGGUGCCAGUGGCUGGAUCUCGGCUCUGACUGGCCUGAACACGAGUGUCCCCGUGGGCAUCAUCAUGAUCCUCAUCGCUGCGCUCUUCACAGCCCUGGCGGUCAUGUCCAUCAUCAUGUUCAAAAAGGUCCAUGGCUUGUACCGUACCACGGACGCCAGCUUUGAGAAGGCCCAGCAGGAGUUUGCCACGGGCGUCAUGGCCAACAAGACCGUCCAGACGGCCGCCGCAAACGCGGCCUCCACCGCCGCCCGCAGCUCCUUCAAGGAACCGAUCUGAUUGGUCCAGAAGGGUCACAUGGCCCCACCCUCCUCUCCCGCCUCCCUCCAAUCCACGCUCCCCUCUUCCUCGUCCUCCUAGAUGUACUCACCGUGGCAACUCGCCAUGGCGACGCUCCAUGGCAACGCUCUGCUUUCCCGAGGGCCCCGGCCCUGUAUGAAUACUCCAGAGGUGCUCCCUGGUCUCCCUGAGGCAUCAGAGAGGCUGGGGGCAGGCAAGCUGGACGCCUACCUUACACAUCAUGCCGUGGGAGUGGAGGAUCUCUUCCAGAGGAGAGGAGGUUUAUUCACACAGGGUCCUGAGCUCUGCUACCUUGGUCGCCCAAUGCUCUCCAGUGUGAUCCCCCUUAUCUUGUGUUCUGUGUGUGUGUGUGUGUAUGUGUGUCUGUGUGUCUGUGUGUGUGUGUGUGUCAAUGUGCACAUUAUGUCUCUGUGAAUGUUGGCCUCGAGGCCUGUCGGAGACAGAGAGAUAGACAUACUGCAAAGCAUAUGUACCAAGUCCAAUUCUUCAGUUCAAUCUUCUUCUUUUUGUAGUUUUUUUCAGGUUCUUAACUGUCAUCAACCAUCCCUUGUUUGCUAAUCUAAUGAUAAAAAAUAAGCUUUGUUUGAAGUAGAUGUCCAUAAACUUCCACACACCAUCAACACGUUUAGAUGUUGGCAUUUAAGUAUGUUAUUUGUCAUGCUAAUUCAGAUUAACUGUUAUUUUGAUCCAGAAGCUUCUAAAGGAGCAUGAGAGAGAAACAUGGCCUCUGAUCAAGUCUGACUUCUAGAAGGUUGUCCCCUGUUGGAGGGAGGUGCUUGUGACCAUAGAUGUAUAUAAACACUAGAUGUCUUACGGCGGAGUCUAGAACGUCCGCACAUGGCGGCCAUCUUGCUACAGUCAACUCGCUCACCCAUAACAUUGUGUUGAAUCUACAUGUACUUUUUAACUGACCAUAACUUGCUCAAUUUUCAACCGAUUUUGAAACGGUUUGGUUUGUUAUCAACGUCAGAGAUGUCGGUAUGCCACUGCAUACUUAUGAAUAAUUAUGUUAUUUUUUUUUAAAUAACAUAAUUAUUCGGUUGAAAAUUGAGCAAGUUAUGGUCAUUUAAAAAGUACAUGUAGCAUCUACACAAUGUUAUGGGUGAGCGAGUUGACUGUAGCAAGAUGGCCACCAUGUGCGGACGUUCGACUCCAUUGUCCGGCAACGCGGACGAGACAUCUAGUGUUUAUAUAUAUCUAUGCUAGUGACUACAAUGAAUGCUGUGCAUUUCAGGACACUACUCUGAGAUCCUCACACUUACAUAGUCAUAUCUGAGGGAAGCAUUGUGUGUUUGACAGUGCCCAAUUUCUUAAAUUUCUCAAGUAGAUGAUUGUUGCUUUAAGUCUUGUUAUGGAUGACACUAAACAGUUACAUACAAAGAGACUGAUAAUGCCAAGUUGCACCUCAACCUUAGUCUAUCGAUAUACUGUACAGACCUUGCACCGUUACUACUAACACUGUGUGUCAGCAGGGAGUGAUUCAACAGGACAGUCUCCCGUGCCUUUAUGUUGCUUCGUGCGUGUGAAGAUAGGAUCUUCACAAAAACGGAAAACAAAAGCACCUUACAUUAUAAGAUUGUCUAAGUACUAAAGCAUGGCCUUGUGAUAGUAUUAUUUGAUCAGUCUUCAUAGUAAUUGAAUGGUUAGACAGUAAGAGUCAAUGUUUCUCUGAAGCUCUUUGACGCUUUCUCGGCCCAUGUCAUGGAUCAUGGUUUUGAACAAGUUGGACUGUUUCGUUACUCGAGGAAGUGGGCCUCCUCUAGCCUGCAUGCUUGCUAAGAUAACAUGCUAGCCCUCUCUGUAUGCUAGCUAAGCUAACGUGCUAGACAUCUCUGCGUGCUAGCUAAGCUAACAUGCUAGCCGUCGCUGCAUGCUAGCUAUGCUAUCGUGCUAGCCGUUUCCUGCCUUUCCCUUCCUUUAGCAGGAGACGUACCUCAGUCUUACUCAGGAUGCUAUUCAUGGCCAGCUAGAUCAACCCAGCACAUGGCUCCCUCACACAGUUAGGCCAGCUCUAACUGUCUGGGAAAUUGACAGGGAGUUGUUCAGUUGUUGUGCAUUAAGCUGUUGUUGUCAUGUAAUCAAGUAUCCUAUGCUGUCAGUGACCUCAUGUGCUGUAUUUAUCUUAAGAUUGUUUUAAACAAUGAGCUUGUCUUUUAUGUUCAUCCUUAUGAGUUUGGCACACACAUUAUUUGUGUGUGUGUGUCUCUUGUCUCUUCACACGUGGAUGUGUGUGUGCACUUGAGAAUAGUGGGAAGUGCUUAGACCUAAAGUGUGUUCACAGCAGGACAGUGAUCCUUCUCCCAGUGAACCCUCUGACCAGGACUCCAGUAGGCUACUGCGAAGUGACCUCCUUUUCAUAUAAUGCUCAGUUCAUAUUAGACCAAUACUAGCCUAGGCCUACUUCAAGUUAAGUAGAGUCCUCUCUCUCUCUGUCAUUUGUGCAUUUCGGAAUGGGAAUGUGUGUGUGUAUAAGGAUUAUAUGAGGUUGUUCUUCCUUUUUCAAAUCCGAAUUGAAAUGAGUGACACAUCCUGAAUGUUCAAUUUAAAUUAGAUAAACAUUGUGUGAAAUGAGAGAAAGAAUGAAGAUCACAAUAAAAUGUGAAAGGAGUUCUUUUUGAAGGUG